AUGGCCAAGAAGCGUGCCCGGGUGGCUGUUACUGCCGCCUCUCCAUUGGUGGAAACGCAGGCGCCCCUUCGCUGUGCUUCCGGAUCUCCCGUCGCGCUUCAGGCCCGGAGAAGCUGCCGCGUGCGCGGGGUCUGCACUGAGGAUGGGGAUCCGGGACGGGACAGUGCAAGGUCAAGCGCCCAAGGGAUCGCAGAGGCCUGGUGUGGAGGGAAUGGCGGAGGCAGCAGCAAAGCCCGGCCGCAGCAGCUUUACGGAAGGGAAACAGACGGUCACCCAGCAAGGGCGGUGUGUGGGUUGAGCUCCGAUUUAGCCUUCUCAGACAUAGUGCUAAAUCACAAACUGAAAUGACCCACGUUGCUCCAAAUCUAUUUAUGCGAUCUCAGCCUCGCCUGCUGUUGCCAGCUCUUUCAGCCUUAUGGAAUCAAAGACAAAACAGAAACUUUUUACUGCAUUUUCGAUAUACAUCUGAUGUCGCUGCUGGAGAGAACAAGGCCACUGUACAAAGCCUCUAUGAGUUAUCUGUGGAUAUCAAGAAGAUCCGUAGGCUAAAGCCAUGGGUGCUCUCAAAAGAGGUGACGCACGUCAAGGAAACAGCUAAGAUUUUGCAAGAAAUGGGAGCGGACAAGAGUUCUGUGGCAUAUAUUUUUGAACGUUGUCCUGAGGCAAUUCUUUGUAGCCCUACAGAUAUCCAUUAUCAGAGAGAAUUGUGGUUAUCAGUCUGCCAAAAUGAAAAACAACUAGUUGAAUUAAUAAAACGGUUCCCAGACUCCUUUUUUACAGUUAAAAACUAUGAAAACCAGAAAGCCAACAUUAGUUUCUUCAAAGAUCUGGGACUGAAAAAUGCAGUUAUCAGCCGGCUCCUAACAAGCGCAUCAAAUAUUUUUUAUAAUCCUGUUGCAAAGAACAAGCAUAUGAUAGAAACCCUACAAAGUAACUAUAUAAGGCUAGGAGGUUCACAGGAGAAUAUGAAGAACUGGAUGAUGAAAUUACUGAGUCAAAACCCAUUUAUUUUGUUAAAUUCUUCGGCUGCUGUUGAAGAAAAUUUGGGGUUUUUUCAGAAGAACAAAUUCACUGACUUUGAAGUUUUGAGUCUGCUAUCCAAGCUGAAGGGCUUUGUUUUUCAGCUUAACCCUAGUAGCAUGCAGAACAGCCUGCUGUUCUCCAAGAACAUCUUCAAAUGCAGUGAUCAUGAAUUAAAAGAGCUAAUAAUUAAAUGCCCUGCCCUUCUCUACUACUCAGUUCCAGUUCUGGAAGAAAGACUGGAGGGGCUAUUGAAGGUGGGAAUUUCUGUGGACCAAAUUAAACAAACACCUGCGGUGUUAGAACUGUCAGCAGAAAUAGUGCAAUAUAGGAUUAAAAAAUUAGAUGCCAUAGGAUACAGUCUAAAAGGCAGAACUCUAGAAUACCUGAAUGGGACAAAAAAGGAUUUUGAAGUUACUUACGGAAAGAUACAAGAAAAAAAGGAGAGGCCAAUAUUUAAUCCAGUUGCUCCUUUAAACAUUGAAGAUUAAUUUCUGGAAUGUAUUUAAGAAUGCCACAUGGGAGUUUGGGAUGAAAGAGGUUUGUGUGACUUUUUAUACUUGGAGAACACUGAAUGUGAUUGAUACUCAAAAUGGACUUUUAUUCACACCCUACUUCUUUCAGUUUAAAUGAAUUUUUUUAAACACGGAACUCAGUGAGUAAUGGGAUUGCAAGUUUCUCCACCAAAUUGGACACCAUCUUAUCAGAAACUUAACUUGAAUGAUGGUGCUGUUAACAGUGUUGCUGAUACUGAGUGCAAUAUACUAACCAAAAGAAAGAUAAACCCACCAGGUCAUUCUGUAUCAGUUUUCAGUAAGUUGACAAAUAAAAGCUUUCAAAACAAUGCCUUAAGGAAAUAGCCCUGCUGUGUCACAGUUGCAUAAUUUUAACAUCCUAUUAUUAGGAUUGCCACACUCCUUAAGAGUGCUGGGAGUCUUUUGGAUUCUAAGCACUCCUCUUCCUAUCCAACAACCAGCCUGGGUUUUCACUUUUUUAAAAGCUUUUAUAAUUAAGCACACAAAAUAAGCAGGGGCACUAGUUGUUGUGGCAGGCGCUCAGUACCAGAGAGAACUAUGUAAGCUUGGAUCAGCGAGGAUGCUUUUAAAAUCAGCCAUAUCAAUUCUGCACGUUACAUUUAUUUUAUCCCCAGUAGGACUAAGCAUAUGUAACCAGACAACACUGUGAUCACAAUAUCUCAUUUACAGUUUAAGACCCUCAGUGGAGGGUCGCCACCUUGAAUGGCAAUUAAUUUCUACAGGAUUUUAAGUCUAAAUAUUUCUAUAUUCUAUCUUUGUUUCAGUCUGGCUACUCAUUCUAAAAAUAAUAUCCACAUACAAACCAAUUAAAAGUCAAACACCUGGAAGACACUCAGAAUGUUUUUUACAAAGGUCCUUAACAAAAAGGAAUUGGAUGUUUCUGCUUUAAUAAAUGCUUUUAGGAAUCUU